CACCUUCCCUGAACCCCUUUCACCUGCGUUCGUGCUUCUUCUACUAUUGAUUUUUGGUUGCGGCAGUGUUAACUCUGCGUGGUGUUGUGUUUUGGCACAAGCGUUUAAUUCGUUUGCGAAAUAUGCAAUGAUGUGCAAGGGCAAAUCGGAAGCAAAUGGAAUAAGCGGCAUUCGCCACCGUACCCUCUAACACCAUGCCCUUGAUGCGAAGGUACUGCGAUCAAAGCGGCACACUGACAUGUUACUGUCCGAUCUACGCCAAAGUGCAGCGGAGAGUGCAUGUGGUGCAAGUGCAAUCGGUGCAAACAGGAAGCUAUAGUUAUACAAGUGAUCGCAAAGUGUUUGCGGAACCCCAGGUGCCUUCGUACGGUGGAGCAUUACAAUUGUACAGGAUGCGAUCCGCAGAUCGAUUAAUGGAAGUGAAAGCGAGUGAAUUAUGAUACUUACUGGUCGGUUGACUUCCGAUGUGUACGAUUUAUGGGUGGUGCUAUUUGCUGGAUUAAGCUGAUUUCUCACAUCUUCGUUUUGCGCAUUAAAUAUGCUGUCUAUGUUACGAAGGAGCGACUGAAUGCCAUUCCAUUUUGUGUUGUUGCUUGUUUGAAUAGUUAAGUUAUUUGUUUGUGUGGUUCAAAUCAAUUUACGGUGGCUCACUAGUACUAGUGCGUUUUGGAUGGUUCACACGGAAGAGCACAGUAACGCGUUCACUCUGGAGUUCAAUCAAAUACACGAAGGUGGAGCCAUGUAUAUAUCAUGUGGGAGUACGGAUAGUACUCCCAUGGAGCCGGAAACGGGCUAUGUCCCGAACAAUCCCCUCUUCGGGAUGCCCCUCGACAGCCCACAG